AUGACCAUCACCUCUGUACAGACCCUCUUGCCGGGUCGCUACUCUGCCAAUGUUACAGAGAAGCGCGCCGAGAAGCCUCCACCUCAGACAUACAGCGUUCAAGAUUACCCAUUCAAGGGUUACCAACCUCCGCAGCCCGAUGGAUAUGAGCAGAGCAAGGCUCAUCCCGACACCAGCGCCAUUGUUAUCGACAAUGGCUCUCAUCUUGUCAAGGCCGGUUGGUCCUUUGACCAAAACCCGCGAUUCGUCCUGCCUCCCGUCAUGAGCCGUUACCGCGAUCGCAAGCUCGGCCGUCAAGCUCACUUCAUUGGAUACGAUGCCUACGUUGAUGCGACUACACGUGGACAGCUGAAGAAUGCAUUUGAUGGCAACUCAAGUGUCGUUGGCAAUUGGGAUGUCAUGGAGGGUGUGCUGGAUUACAUCUUCCUCAAGCUGGGUGUUGAUGGUGCCAAUGGAGGUGUUGACCGGCCAAUUCUCAUGACAGAGCCCAUUGCCAACCUUGGAUAUCCCAGGAGAAUGAUGAACGAGAUCCUGUUCGAGUGCUACAAUGCGCCCUCCGUCGCCUACGGAAUCGACUCCCUCUUCGCCUACCGUUAUAACAAGGGAACCGACGGUCUGAUCGUCUCAUCAUCGCAUACCUCUACACAUGUCAUCCCCGUCCUGAAUUCGAAACCCCUCCUCUCAAACUCAUCUCGUCUUAACUGGGGUGGUGUGCAAACUGCCGAGUACCUCACCAAGCUGCUACGGCUCAAAUACCCUACCUUCCCGGCACGCUUGACAGAGAAUCAGGUCGAGGAAAUGGUGCACAAGCACUGUUAUAUCUCUGAAGACUACGACCGCGAGUUGAGUGGAUACCUCGAUUGGACUGGACUGGAGGAGCGUAACCACGUCAUCCAAUAUCCCUUCACCGAGCAUGUCGUGGUUGAAAAGACGGAAGAGGAGCUGGCCCGGAUUGCGGAGCGUAAGAAGGAGAGCGGUCGUCGGUUGCAGGAGCAAGCAGCGAAGAUGCGCCUUGAAAAGUUGGUGAAGAAAGAGCAGGAAUUGGAGUACUGGAAGGAUUUACAGGUCCGCCUGGCCUCUGAGACUAAGAAGGAGAUUCGCCGUGUGUUGGAGGCCGAAGAUCUCAAGGACGAGGCUCACUUGGAACGGAUGAUUCGUGACCUCGAAAAGUCUAUCAAGCGCUCCCGCAACCGCGAUCUCGGCAUAGAAGAGGAAGAGCAGCAAGAGGAGAUGAGCUUCCAUUUGAUUGAUGUUCCUAAUGAAGAACUGGAUGAAGCUGGUCUGAAAGAAAAGCGACACCAGCAGCUGAUGAAGUCUAACGUUGAGGCGAGGGCGCGUGCCAAGGCUGAAAAGGAACGUGAGAAGGCUCGCAUCGAGGAGGAAGAACGUCUCGAUCGGGAGAAACGUGAGAAUGACUUUGAGAGUUGGAUUGCCGCGCGACGUGCCAACCGACAGAACCUACUGCAAAAAAUCAAAGAUCGUGAGCGUUUCAAGGCCGAUCUAGGCAACCGCAAGUCACUUGCCAGUCAGAUGCGCAUGAAGACCCUCGCCAACCUGGCCGCAGACGGACCGAAGAAGCGUCGUCGCGGUGGUGAUGACGAUGACUUUGGUGCCAACGACGAGGAUUGGGGUGUCUACCGCACUGUCGCAAAGGACGAGCAGAGUGAUGACGAGGAAGAAGAGGAUCUUGACGGCAUGCUGAACAACGUUGAGCAGGAGUUGCUGGAGUAUGACCCCGAAUUCACGGAGAAUCACACACUUGCAGCCCAAUCAGAUUGGACCAAGAGCCUGGUUCAUGCAUUCCUCCGCGGACCCUGGCCAUUUGACCCGGAGAGUCAGCGUGAAGCCCACCAGCUUCAUCUCAACGUGGAGCGUAUCCGUGUGCCGGAGGUUGUCUUCAAGCCUUCUAUUGCGGGUGUGGAUCAGGCGGGUUUGAUUGAGAUCGCGGCUGAUAUCGUCAACCAGCGAUUCUCUAACACUCAGGACCGCAACCGCUUAUUGAAGGAUGUCUUUUUGACUGGUGGCAACACCUUGUUCACUGGGUUUGAGGAACGCUUCCGCAGGGAGCUGCGCGCCUACCUACCUAUUGACGCGGAGCUGGGUGUGCGUCAAGCUGCUAACCCGGUCAUGGAUGCGUGGAAGGGCGCGGCUCAAUGGGCCUCUGGUGCUGAUCUGGGCCGAUCAUCUGUGACUCGACAGGAGUACUUGGAGAAGGGCAGCGAGUACAUUAAGGAGCACGAUCUGGGCAACAUCACAUGGUGA